AUGGCCGAUCGAAAGUACGAAUUUUCCCGAAUCACCUGCGUAAAUGCCUCGCGGGAAGUCCUUACGCGCUUUAUUACCCUUCGUACCUUUAACGCCCACCUGGACAGCCACCACCGGGGGACAGAGAACCUCCUGGCUCACCAGUAUCAUAGUGAUCGUACUAUGAUCGAACAAGUACAAGAGAAUUUCCGAGAUGUCAACAGUUUAAACUCAGACGCUCUUAGCGCCCACAGCGCCGAUCUGCUACGGAGAUUGCUCGCCAUCGAGGCCGAUAGCACACAUGGCUUUUCACAAUGUGCCGGAAGGGUGAGCGUGCACAAAGCGGGAACUGAGUCGGUGCAAGCGGAUCUAAAUGAUGAAGGCGCCGUGAGCGUACACAUCCCUUACUUUGGCAUUAUCCAGAUCACCCGCGAGGGCUUGAGCACGAUACCACUCGAGCCACAAUCCGCUAUGGGAAGGGCCAGUCAGCCAGCUCAGUUACAAGCCGUGAAUAUGUUCAAUGAGAAUAGCCCACGAAGCAGUCAUGCGGAUCCUCAAAUGUGGGCACCCAGCUUCGACGGUCCUCAGGGAGCUCCCGAUGCCCAGAGCAUGGCGAUGGUUGAUACUGGUAACGGUCAUGUCGAAGCACCUGUGAUGAUGCCUGAGAUCUAUACAGCGACUCAGGUGCAACCCAGCGCAUCGUCAAUGCCGACAUCUGGCGCAGAUUACUCUGUUACGCACUUCGCACCGCAGCACAUGGACGACUUGGCUGAUCCUCUACUGCGACAUGGAAAAUACCCUGGAUUAGUUGCCGGGACGGAAGACUGGGCGUUCCAGGGCGUCGACCUGGCUUUCUUUGACAGCUUGAUGAGAACCAUGGGGAAUGACGGGAAUGGUAUUGCGGAUUGGACCAUAGUGGGAGAGCAGAGCAUGUUUCACGAGCACACUAGGCUUAGUGGGGAGUGGCCCAUUAGCAACUGCACUUAUUGUUUCCCCCCCGAGAUCUGGUCGAUCAACUCUGAAUAUUUGCUUGUCUCCGCGAAAAGUUUGACGAUUCUCCCGUACACCCAAUCUUCCCUCUGGUCGUACGUGUACCUUGCUCCUACAUAUCCAUAUCUGAUAAUAACAUGA